UCCACCCAACCCCACCCACCCCAGUCCCCUUAAGGCAGAGCUCCCCAGCGAGAAGCACAGCUGAGUGAGCAGAGAAAAUCCUUCGAGCAAACCCAGCCUCAAGGAACAGCCACUGGCGGGUGUCGUGGCCACUCACGGACACCCAACUAGAUACAAAACGAAGAAUUUUGUCCCCUUCUUGUCAUUCUGAAAGACUGUGAACCCUGGAGUCCUCAAUCAUCACACAGGAAGCUGAGGACUUCCUGAUCAAUCAGGACGUUGAACCUUGAAUUCAUAAAGAUUCUAAAAGCUCCAGAAACAAAGACUUCGUGGACAAAAUCCCUAGAGACCAGACCCACUGCCUUUCCCGGCAAAGUACACAGAAACCAUCUUCCUUGACUCAUGCAAGAAACCAGGAUGGCAACCUCAGCCCCCACAAAAGACUAUGACAUGACAACAGAAUAUGACUAUGAGGGCAUAACCCCAUGCCAGAAGGGAGAGGUGAGGGCCUUUGGAGCUCAGCUGCUGCCCCCCUUGUACUCCCUGGUGUUCAUCACUGGCCUGGUGGGCAACAUCCUGGUCCUCCUGGUCCUCAUGCAGUACAAGAGGCUCAAGAGCAUGACCAGCAUCUACCUCCUCAAUCUGGCCAUUUCAGACCUGCUCUUCCUCUUCACGCUGCCCUUCUGGAUUGACUACAAGCUAAAGGAUGACUGGAUUUUCAGUGAUGGCACCUGUAAGUUGCUCUCGGGGCUUUAUUACACAGGCUUGUAUAGCGAGAUCUUUUUCAUCAUCCUGCUGACCUUCGACAGGUACCUGGCCAUCGUCCAUGCUGUGUUUGCCCUGCGGGUUCGGACUGUCAUCUUUGGGAUCAUCACCAGCAUUGGCGCCUGGGGCCUGGCCAUCUUGGCCUCCAUCCCAGGCUUCUACUUUUCCAAGAUCCAGCAGGAGUUCUCCCAUAGCACCUGCAGCCUCCACUUCCCUCACGGAAGCCUCAAAGCCUGGAAACAGUUCCAGGCUCUGAAACUGAACAUGUUGGGGCUGGUUCUGCCUCUGUUGGUCAUGAUCAUCUGCUACACAGAGAUCAUACAGAUUCUGCUCAAACGACCCAACGAGAAGAAAGCCAAAGCCGUCCGUCUGAUCUUUGUCAUCAUGAUCGUCUUCUUUCUCUUCUGGACCCCUUACAACCUGGCAGUGCUGGUCUCUGCUUUCCAAGACAGCCUCUUCACCGAUGAGUGCAGACAGAGCAAACAGCUGGACCUGGCCAUGCAGGUGACGGAGGUGAUCGCUUACACGCACUGCUGCGUCAACCCCAUCAUCUACGCCUUCGUCGGGGAGAGGUUCCGCAGGUACCUGAGCCAGCUGUUCAGCCGGCUGCUGAACAGGCUCCCCUUCCUUUCCACCGACAGGCUCGAGAGGGCUAGCUCCGUGUCCCCCUCCACGGCGGAGCAUGAACUCUCCGCUGGGUUCUGACUCGGGCCCCUGGAGGCCGGUCCAGGACCCAGCAAGGGCGACCUGCCCGGCACGUUGACCCAAGCCGAGGCACGUUGGGACACCUGGCGCAGCACGGAAUUGCAGACGCGUGGGGGUGAGGAAGUUUAAUGGCAGUCUAGACUAAAUCACUUCCGGGGCGAUUGAGUCCUCUCCAAGAACUCCUCCGUGGUAGAAAGGAGGUGAAGGAGUGGAAUGGGACAUUCCAGAAGACCGGGAUGGAGGGUGCCAGGGAAGUGCUUGGGCCCAAAGGGGAGUUCAGACUUGUGAGCAUUACCAUUUGUAAAUAGAGCCACCGAGCAUCCCGAGCCCUAGUGGGAAAUAGGAUUGGGGAACUGCCCUCGGCAGUGGAAUGGAGAAAGCCCUUGGGGAGAAUUUUUAUAUUUGCAAAAAUCAAAACAAUUCAGGUGGUGGGCUAGACACAGAUUGGGCGAAUAAUACGUUUGAUUUCUUGAAAUAGCCACAGAGGGGAGGGAGUCUUUAUUUCCAUUUACCAGUUUCUUCCUUCUGAGUAUUUUCCAGAGUCUCCCUUCCUUGUAAGUUGGAUGAGGCGGGAGUACAUUCUGAUGGCUUUAUUGCAGAAAUUAAUAUCAGGCAAAAGGAGACAGGGUCCAUGUCCCUGUUCUGCUUCCCCACCGAAGCCUUCUGGUUUUAAGGAUCAGAGUUCUGGCUGUUGUGUUGGACCCAUCCGCAGGAAAAAUGACCUGGUGUGCAAGCUGACAGUGUCUGAGGCUGAGAGGGAGGGGGGCUGAGGUGGGGACUCACCCACCUUAAUGUGGAAGGUUGAGAGGACCCUUAAUUAAAAGAAACAUAUUUCCCCUAAAUGUCCUUAACACUUGAUCUCUCACCAGGGACCUCCUGGUCAUCACGUCUUUCUUCCCUUUUCCCUAGGAUGUGUAUUUCUUUAAAAAUCAUUUUCCCAAUGACAAAAACACAGCUUAAAAACUCAAAGGGAAAAAGAGAACACCCAAAGCACCCAAUUCUCACUACCCAAAGACGACGACUGUGUGCUCUUCUAUGUAUUCUCUUUUAGUUUGGUGUUUGUUUUCUCCUGUGUGUAUUUACAACGAUGACAAAUACGGACUUCGACUGUACUCUUGUUGUUUUUGUUUUUGAGUAGCAGUAUGUUGGGGUCUGUUUCCCAGGUGAAUAAAUCAUGUUAAAGCACUGUUUCUGAA